UGGAUUACCAGGCACGCAAGUUUCACUCUCUUCCCUUUUUGGAGCCUCUCUCCUGCGAGAGGCUUUUCUGGAGGUAGCCGAGAAUCACAGCCUGCAGAUGUGAGGACCAAGCUGGCUAAACUAUGGUCCUGCGGGGGCUGUUUCCAAUCUUACUGGCUAUGGUUGAAUUAAUCCUGAUUCAGAUGAAAACCGAGGCAUCUCUGGGAACAGCCCUUAUCCCCAGUAGCAAAUAUAGUCACAGUGCAGAAGUGGACAAACAAGCCUUCAUCCGCUCCAUUGUCAGAAAAAGGAGGAACCUGCAGUGUCAACAAGGGCACUACCUUCAUCCAAACAAGACUCACUGCUGCAUUAAAUGUCACAAAGGUACUUACGUUGCACAACAUUGUGCAAGUGAAGAUCAAACAACCAGAUGUGCAACGUGCCCAGAGGGAGCCUACAUGUCUCGGGAAAAUUUUGCAGGAAAAUGUCGUGGGUGCCAGCAUUGCCGGUCAACAUUUAAGCAGGUCGAGUUGACCCCCUGCAGUGUUACUCAGGACACUGUCUGUGGCUGUGGCAGCAAUCACUACCGGACAACCAACACCCCAGAAUUCCUUUGCGAGCCCUGUAGCACCUGUCCCAAUGGAACCAUCUGGAAAGAAUGUACCACUUCCAGUGACACAAUCUGUAGGUGUUACACAGGAUUUUUCCUCCGGAGCGAUGAGAACAGCUGUUCCCCAUGCACCAGCUGCCAAGGGGGAGAGUGUGAGAAAGAGUGUCCUGGAAGUGUAGAGACACCUCCCCGAGAACCCUCAGGUGAUACAGACCUGACACCCAUCCUCAGCUCCGUGGUCGUCGUCUUAGCAGCUGGAGUUCUGUUGCUGGCAGCACGGUGGAUUUCCAAGCAGCCUUUGCCGAAGAAACUGAUCUCUGCGUUCAGUGCAGGCACACCUCAACAGCAGCAGCCGACAGGUGGCCCUCCGUUACCACAAUCUGUGGACCAAAUGACAGGUAUCCCUAAGGAACCAAACCAGGAAGAAAUGUUGUUGCCACCUGCAGCCAUAGUAGUGUCACCAACUACACAAGGACUACCAGAUUGUAUACAAUCUGCAGGAGAGACUCGUAUCCCAGACUGCCCUGCAGUUUUAUAUGCUGUGGUGGAGCAUGUACCGUUUUCCCAGUGGAAGGAAUUUGUGCGCCGCCUGGGAUUGACUGAUAAUGCCAUAUGCAGAAUUGAGGCGGAGGAACGGCACAUGCGAGAAGCCCAAUACGAGAUGCUACGGCAUUGGAGGCUGCAGCUGGGACAGCGUGCCACGGUGGAGCGCAUCAGCAGCGUCCUCAAUGAAAUGGAGCUAAGCGGAUGCAGCGAAGCUAUUCAGGAUAUGCUGUCGAGGCAGGCAGGCCUAGGGGGGCCACAGGGAGUGCUGGAACGUGGUUCGCCUGUGCGCAUGUUCCUGUCCUGAUGGCUGCAGUGUCUCACGUGUGAACAAGCCAUUGCAGAUAGAACUUUCCUAUCACCUUGUAUUGUCUCUGACACAGAACUGUGCAGCUCAUCUCUCUGGAGUUCUGAGUAAUCAUGCCAUGAACAUGCCUUCGUGCGUGAAAGCAGACAUACCAGGCUGAUGCCACCAUCCCUCUCACAGCCAGAUCCUCCUUCCAGACUUGGAUUUCUGCCCUCGUUUUGUUGAUCUGUUUUUUAAAAAAUAUUUUAUAUGUCAAAUCUGAAAGUGCCUGGCUUAUGGGACUUGUGUGAGAUAACUCUCGAAGCAGCGGUUUUCAGCCUUUUUACACUCUCCUUUAAUCUUAGUUGGCAACAAUCCCAAUCUCUCUCUCUCUCUCUCUCUCUCUCUCUCUCAUAUUUCUCUUCUUUGUCUUUUAUCUGAACACAUCUUCACUGUAAACAUAAUAGUCAUUCCUUCUCCACAAGGAUUCCUUGCAAUGCAGUCUAUGGGGAAGAGGGCAUUACUAACCAAAUGUUGUCAGAAGCCACUCCCAAAAGUGCUUCCCAAGAUCUUGGGGCAAGGUCAGGGGAGGCGGGAAGGGCAGCAGGACCCUUCAGCUUGUAUAGAACCAUGGUCUAAACUGGUCACGUAGGCAUAGCUUUAUUCUAAAUCUCUUUCUCCUCAAUCCCUAUCUUCUGUAUAUUUUUUAAAAAUUCAGGCUUAUUGGUACAACUGACUAGUGGGUCUCAAACCACUAGUUGAAGACUAGUGCCUUAAAGAGUGGGUCAGUCCCAGAUCAGAGGGGGAAGUUGCAAGAAGGGAUUAGAAUUUGAUAUACGGGAUGUCCUUAGGUUGAUAGCUACACACGCGCUUUGCACACAGAACAUUUGCAUUCAGUCCUUGGCAUCUCCCAUUCCAGAAUCUCCUAAAGCAAGCUGGAAAAGAUCUCUCGCCUGAGAUUCCAGAAGAAUGGCUACCAGAAUAGACAGGACUGGCCCAGGUGGCCCAAGGGGAUGACUUGGGAUAAGGAAGUGUGAUGUACUCAGGGCUCUUCUAUGCUGCUGUUAAAUAUUCUGUAUAUAAAAAUAACACAAAAUGCUCUUGUUAUCUCUGUGCCUAUAUAUAUGCAAGUUUAAGAACAUCAGCUGAGGCAGUGCUCUUCAAAAGUUAGGUGGGCAGUUUCCAUGCAUAAAGCGGGGAGGGUGUUUGUUUUAUACUGCCCUUCCCACACACAUUUUAAAAGAACCUUUAGGCAUCUAAUGAAAACUUAUGUACAAAAUAUUUUGAAUUUUAAUCUAGUUUUGUUUAGUUUUUCCUGAGGUGAUGUUGCUGCUUUUCAACUGAUAUUAGAUUUUUUUAUACACAUUUUUCAAUUUUAUGAAAACUGCCUUAGAUGUUAAUUUGAUGGAUGGGCAAACUGUAGAUCUUUGCAAUAAAUAUGAUGGAGUGAACGAG